ACUGAUGGUAUAAUUGAAGUUGCAGUGGUAUUGUCCUUUUCAUAUUGUGCCCGAGAAAUACCUAGUUUUUUCUGUGACGUCCCUGCCCUACUCACUCUCUCAUGCACUAGCACCUUGCUAUUUGAAAGAACGAUGUUUAUCUGCUGUGUUGUCAUGCUUCUGCUCCCUAUAGCAGUCAUCAUAGCUUCCUAUGCUCGUGUUAUUCUGGCCAUCAUUCGCAUGGGGUCUGCAGAGGGUCGCCGCAAAGCUUUCACCACCUGCUCCUCCCACCUUAUGGUGGUAGGAAUGUACUUUGGAGCUGGCAUGUUCAUAUAUAUGAGGCCUGUUUCUGACCACUCCCCCACCCAGGACAAGAUGGUGUCCGCCUUCUACACCAUCCUCACUCCCAUGCUGAACCACCCCCUUUUUAGCCUUCGCAACAAGGAAGUGACCAGAGCAUUCAUGAAGGUUUUGGGGAAGGAAAAGCAUGCAGAAUAA